AUGGAGAAAACGGAGCCGUGGCACAACAAAGAGACCAAGACACUCAUAGGCAUCUGGUCAGAGGAUGAGGUGCAGCGGGAGCUGGAAGGUACUGUAAGAAAUCAAAAAGUGUUUCAGAAAAUCUCCCAGCGCAUGUGGGAACUGGGUUACAGCCGCAGCCCGGAUCGAUGUCGAGUCAAAAUCAAAAAGCUGAAGCAGGACUACAGAAGACUGAAAGAGUACAAUAAAAGGAAUGGGAUGAACCCCAAAACAAACCAGUGGUACGAGGCGCUGGAUGCUGUUCUGGGACGCAGGGCGGAUAAUGGAGGCAGGACCGUGACCGCGGAGUCUUCCACCACCUCUCUGCUGGAGUCUGUCAUCAGCUGUAACAGCGUGGAGGACAGAGGAGACAGUGACGAGGAUGUCUUGUCAGUCUGUAUUGAUAAUGCAGAUGUCAGGAGUAGAACCAGGAUCAGUUCUCCUGGACUUCCAGUAACGUUACCCCUGUCUCCAGGACUGUCCUCUCUGGCGUCCAGUAACAUCACAGCCGAGGAGCCCCGAGCUAACCUGCCCCGAGUCAGAGGAAAAAGGAGACGAGGACACUCGAACCACAUCGACACUAUGAGGGAGAUCUUCCUCAUGGCUGAGGAUCGCGAAGACAGACGGCAACGGGUUCAACAGGAAUUUGAAGAAAGACGACUUCAAGUCCUGCAGGAGCUGGAACAUUCAGCUGGGCUUCGCGAGGCAGAGUUGAUCAACACAUUGGCACAGUUUAACCAAGGACUGCUCAGCGUUAUGGGGCAGCUAGUAUCCGUCAUGGCCAGUAACCACAGCCCUCAACCGCCACCUUAAAUCUUUUGAUUGUUAUAUAGGACAAUUAUUGAAUCCAGUUACUUGUUUAUAAUUAAAAUAAUAAUAAGCUCUUUUCAGUA